AUGGCCUCCUUUCGCCAACGCCUCCAACACAAGCACAACCUGAGCCUCCCACAUAUCCAGACGAGCGACAUCCCUCCCCCGCCACCACCGCCGCCCGCUCCGUGGCCAGGGGGAAGGGGAAGCCUCGGCGCCGGCGCCGCCACCGCCAGCGAUCUCGCCUGGAGCGCGGGCCCGGGCCCGGCCUUCCCCUCCGCAGCGGCUUCCCCGCACCCGGCCUCUGCGCACCCCGUCUCCUCGUUCUCGUCCGCGUCCGCGUCCUCCGGGUUCAGGUCGGCCCCCCCGUCGGCCCGCCCGCCGCUCUCGCCACGCGGCUUCUCGGCGUCCGCGGCCGUGCUGACGGGCCAGAGCCGGUUCGUCGAGGGGUCCAUGAACGACCGGGUGUCGACCGCCCCGCCGCCGGGGUUCCUGGGGCUCGACGAUUAUGAUGAUGAUGAUGAUGAUGAUGACGACGAUCGCGGGCGCGAGGUGGACGGCCAAUGGGAACGGGCACGGGCACGGGUGGGGGGAGGAGUGGGGCGUUGCGGGCGGCCGGCGCUUCCUCGCGAAGGGGAUGACGGGAGGGUAUGGCACCACGGGAGUGUGGCGGGCGGUUGGAUCCGGUCGUCGGCUCCGGCGGCGAGUGCUUCGGCGGUCCAGCAGGAGACUACUACUCAGCAGAGGGGCGGCGGCGGUGGUGGUGGUGGUGGUGGUGGAGUUGUCAAGAAGACGAGCUUCCUCGCCCCGCUCUGGGAUGGGGUCCGCGAGAAGCUGCACCUGAGCAAGUCGAAGUCGUCGGGGAGCAUCGGCCGGGUCGUCAGUUCGAUGGUUGGUGGCGGCGGAUCCGAGCAGCGGAAGGUCGACCGGGAGAAGGACAAGGAGAGGCUGAUGGGGCGGGAGGAAAAGGCCAGUGGUUCCGGGGCGGGGAUGGCCGGGUACCCGAGUCGCGAGGAGGUGCUGGAGAGCUACAAGAAUCUGAUGGCCUCGGGAUUCUUCGAGGCCCAUGCGAUUCGGGGAGGCAGGCAUCCUCUGCGGCAUCCUCUGCGGACGGGCGGUGCCGCCGCGGCGUCGAACGGGACCCGGUCGUUUGCGGAGCACAUGGCCGCGCCCCAAAAUGCCGCCUCGGCACCGGGAAAGUCGUUUGCCGACCACAUGGCUGCCGUACGGCAACAGAGGCCGACGCCGACGCCGACCGUGCCUCUAUCGUCGCCGAUACGCGGCAGCAUGGCCCCUCCCCCUCCGCCUAGGGGCUCUUCGUGGGGGAAGCCGGCCAGUAUGUCGUCCCCGAAUCGCGGCACCAAGCGCGGGGCGUCGAUAGACCUGGCGGGCGACGCCGAGAUCGUCACCAGAAAGCUCGUAAAGAAGCUGCGUCACUCGGCAUCGCGGCUGUCGAUUGACUUGACAGGGGCAAGGAAGAAAUCCUCCCAAUACGAAUUCGGCACUCUCGGACGGCCUCGCCCGUCGACAUCCCCGAAUCCUUCCGGCCCUCUGUCGCCAACCUCUUCGAUAUUUAGCGCCUUCACCUCCCCGCCGUCGAUCGAGGAGUUCGGCGGCGGCGACGACGACGAUGACAACGACGACGACAACACGUCGAUCCGGCCUGGUGGUAGGCUAAUUAAGCUCAACUAUGGCGGGCGCCGACGCAUCCUCGGACUCGCCCGGAGGCGGCCCUUUUCGGAGCGACCGUUGUCGGCCAGUGCAGUUGAAGCCGACCCGGAUGCCAUGAUGAUCGACGAACCGGAGGAGCAGCAGCAGCAGGACGGGGCGCACCGCGAGCGGGAGCCGGAGCCGGAGCCGGAGCAAAUGUCCAGCGCCCUCGGGCAGAGACCGCCAAAGCCUCGCGGGAACUUCACCCCGCCCCCGGCGGCAUUCCUCACGGACGUCCGGCGCAGCGUGCGCGUCGUCAGCACUUCCGAGAGCGACAUCAUGUCACUGGAAGAGGAGGAUGGAAAGACGGAGGCGGAGGCGGAGGCGGAGUGGGGUCCGCAUGAUAAACAGCCACACGGGCACGGGCACGGGCACGGGCACGGGCACAAGCAUGAAGACAAAGACGAGAGGCCGCUGAGCGUGGUGCCGGACCCGAACCAGGGGAUCCCCCUGGUGCCGCGGAUCCCGCGCGAGUUCUGCGACGCCAUGGCUGCGCUGGCGCCGCCCGCGCCCGCCGCCGUCGUCGUCGUGGGGCCUGCGGCGAAUAGCGGCGGGGAGGCGGCCAAGAAGAUGAAGAAGAUGGAGAGGGAAGAGGAGGCGGAGAGGGGGGGAGACGAGGCCAAGGCGGCCAACCGCGACUCUGGGCUCGGCGGGGACGUGGACGUGGACGUGGAGAAUAUCCCUGUUUGGGGGUCAUGA